AUGCGCUGGUUCGCCGCCGUCAGGGCUCCGGCUGAGCGUCCCCGCGGGCGCUCGCCCGGGAUUACCUGCUGCGUCCUGCUGCUGCUCAAUUGCUCGGGGGUCCCCAUGUCCCUGGCUUCCUCCUUCUUGACAGGUUCUGUUGCAAAAUGUGAAAAUGAAGGUGAAGUCCUCCAGAUCCCGUUUAUCACAGACAACCCCUGCAUAAUGUGUGUCUGCUUGAACAAGGAAGUGACCUGCAAGCGGGAGAAGUGCCCGGUGCUGUCCAGGGACUGCGCCCUCGCCGUCAAGCAGAGGGGAGCCUGCUGCGAGCGCUGCAAAGGUUGCACCUAUGAAGGAAACACCUAUAACAGCUCCUUCAAGUGGCAGAGUCCUGCGGAGCCCUGUGUCCUGCACCAGUGUCAGGAAGGCGUUGUCACCGAGUCUGAGGUGCGGUGUGUCGUGCAUUGUAGAAAUCCCUCCAAGCAUCCGGGAACAUGCUGCCCCACGUGUCCAGGCUGUGUGUUUGAGGGUGUGCAGUACCAAGAAGGGGAGAACUUUCGGCCCGAAGGAGACAAGUGCACCAAGUGUUCCUGCAUUGGAGGCAGGACACAGUGCGUGCGCGAGGUCUGUCCCAUUCUCUCCUGUCCUCAGCACCUUAGCCACGUUCCCCCGGGACAGUGCUGCCCCAAAUGUUUGGGUCAAAGGAAAGUGUUUGACCUCCCGUUUGGAAGCUGCCUCUUCCGCAGUGACGUUUAUGACAAUGGAUCCUCAUUUCUGUACGACGAUUGCACGGCGUGCACCUGCAGGGACUCCACUGUGGUGUGUAAGAAGAAGUGCUCCCGGGCCGGUGGCUGCGACAAGGGCGAGGAGGCCUGCUGUGAGGAGUGCCUCGUACACGUGCCCCCGGAAGACACCAAAGUGUGCAAGUUUGGCAACAAGAUCUUUCGGGAUGGAGAGAUGUGGUCCUCCGUGAACUGCACCAUCUGUGCUUGUUUGAAAGGCAAGACUGAGUGCCGCAAGAAGCAGUGCGCUCCCAUCAACAGCUGCCCGCAGGGUAAAAUUCUCAACCGAAAAGGAUGCUGUCCCAUUUGCACUGAAAAGCCCGGCGUUUGCACGGUAUUCGGAGAUCCCCACUACAACACUUUUGACGGACGGACAUUUAACUUUCAGGGGACGUGUCAGUACGUUUUGACGAAAGACUGCUCCUCCCCUGCCUCGCCCUUCCAGGUGCUGGUGAAGAACGACGCCCGCAGGACCCGCUCCUUCUCGUGGACCAAGUCGGUGGACCUGGUGCUGGGCGCGGGCACCCUGAGCCUCCAGCAGCACCUGACCGUGCGCUGGAACGGCUCGCGCAUUGCGCUGCCCUGGCGGGCGCCGCACUUCCACAUCGACCUGGACGGCUACCUCCUGAAAGUGACCACCAAAGCAGGUUUGGAAAUAUCCUGGGAUGGAGACAGUUUUGUAGAAGUCAUGGCUGCCCCUCAUCUCAAGGGCAAACUUUGUGGUCUCUGUGGCAACUACAAUGGACAUAAGCGUGAUGACUUAAUUGGUGGAGAUGGAAACUUCAAGUUUGAUGUGGAUGACUUUGCUGAGUCCUGGAGGGUGGAGUCCAAUGAGUUCUGCAAUAGACCCCGCAGAAAGCCAGUGCCUGAACUGUGUCAAGGGACUGUGAAGGUAAAGCUUCGAGCCCAUCGAGAAUGCCAGAAACUCAAGUCCUGGGAGUUUCAGACCUGCCACUCAACAGUGGACUAUGCUACUUUCUACCGGUCCUGUGUGACAGACAUGUGUGAGUGUCCAGUCCAUAAGAACUGUUACUGCGAGUCAUUCCUGGCGUACACCCGGGCCUGCCAACGCGAGGGCGUCAGCGUCCACUGGGAGCCCCAGCAGAGCUGUGCAGCCACCCAGUGUAAGCACGGGGCUGUGUAUGACACCUGCGGCCCAGGAUGUGUCAAGACCUGUGACAACUGGAAUGAGAUUGGUCCGUGCAAUAAGCCAUGCGUUGCGGGCUGCCACUGUCCCGCCAACCUGGUCCUUCACCGGGGAAGGUGCAUCAAGCCAGUCCUUUGUCCUCAGCGGUGA